AUGCCGACCACGGAGGACUACUGGCCUGACUAUGACGAAUAUUCAAACUACAGCACGUUUCCCCCUGACAUCCCGAACAUGAGCCGUGCGGCCCCCUGCAUCCAGGACGACAUCUACAGUUUUGCUCGGACCUACUCCCCCGUGGUGUACAGCCUGGUGUUCGUCCUGGCCUUGGUGGGGAACGCGCUGGUGCUGUGCGUGAUACGACGGUAUCGGACCUCCGUGGGCAGCAGGGCCUGCACCUUCUCUCUCACCGACACCUUCCUGCUCCACCUGGCCAUCGCUGACCUCCUGCUGGCCUUCACUCUGCCUCUGUUUGCCGUGCAGUGGGCCCGCCAGUGGGUGUUUGGCUUGGCGGCCUGCAAGCUCUCCGGUGCCCUCUUCUCCCUGAAUCGCUACAGUGGGAUUCUCUUCCUGGCCUGCAUUAGCUUCGACCGCUACCUGGCCAUCGUUCACGCCGUCAGCUCUGUCUGGAAGCGCCACUCCUGGCAUGGCCAGAUUGUGUGCGCCUUCAUCUGGGUCAGCUGCCUGGGCCUUAGUGCUGUGGACAUCGCCUUUAAGGAGGUGGGGCCGGUGGUCUCCUUCAGUCAGCACGAACAGCUAGUGUGCCAGUCGUGGUUCCCCCAGAACUCCUCACAGUGGCAGGUGGGACUGAAGAUGACCAGCGUGGUGCUGGGUUUUGGGCUUCCCCUACUGGUUAUGCUGUACUGCUAUAUCCGGAUCUUCAGGUCCCUGUGCAACGCCACGAGGCGCCAGAAACGCAAGUCCCUUCACCUCAUCAUCUGCCUGGUGGUGGUGUUUGUUGUCUGCUGGGCACCUUACAACUGCUUCCAGCUGGUAGACAGUCUGAAGAUGCUGGGUGUGAUAAAUGGAGGAUGCCGUUUUGGCCGCGCCGUGGACAUUGGGACUCUGGUGACGGAGAGUUUGGGGCUUUCACACUGUGCCCUAAACCCGCUGCUGUAUGGCUUUGUUGGGGUAAAGUUCAGGAGGGAGCUAGGAAAGAUGGUUGAGGAGCUGCUUGGGCAGAGACACUGGCUGGGGAUGGAGGGACUGGAGAGGAGGAGGAGAAGAAGAACCGCUGGAUCGUUCAGCUCUGCGGAGAGCGAGAACACCUCCUACUCUGUCAUGGUGUGAACUCUGAUACAGAUGCGUUGAGAAAGAGGGAACUAUGAGGAAAAUGUGUGUGUGUGUGUGUGUGUUGCAGGAGGUGUUCAAACAUGGGGAGGACCUGAUAAAGACUGUGCUCUUGGAAGAGGACGGA